GUACAGCUUAGUAUAUGGAUCGUCGCUAGUAGCGCGCACGAUCAGUCGCAGUUCUCCGAUCAACGCAAGCACUUCGCAUAUAACGGUAACUCGCUUAGUAUCUAACGGUCAUAUAGAAAAAAAAGAAAUAAAAUCCUGCAUUUUUUAGAGGAAAUAUUUCUGAUUUAAUUUCUACUAACAAAAUAACAACAAAAACAUAAACGAAGCACAAGAAAGUUUCCAAAAAAUGUGAAAAGUGUAAGAAAGAUACUGCAAAGCGCUGCCAAAUGCUCAUUUAAUUAAAGAGUGCACAUAAAAAAGACGCCUAAAGAGACACUAAAGACAAUAUUCACAUACCUUAAUAAGAAUACAAGUGAUAAAAGAAACAAAAAACGCAAAGUAAAUAAUUCAAUAAGAAGAUAUAAAUAAGGCGAGCAAUCCGUGCUAUUAGCUGGACCUGCCGUCUCUGCGCCACUGCCAUUGCCGUCGGCCGCGCCGCCCAGCGCGUCAUCUAUAUGAAGGAGAAAAGGCAAAGCUGAGUGAAAUGACAAACCGCAAAAAAGACAUGACGAACAAGCAUUCGACAAUAGAAACAAUAGCAACAACCAGAGGCACAAUGUCAACGGCUUCGUCCGCAAGUGAAACAGACGCUACAAUAAUGAACAGUUGCUUAUGCAAUAACAAUAGCGUUGAUGCCACGUCAAGGCAGCAAAGCAAUAACAACAAGCAAAACGACACAAAUGGAACGUGUAAUAACAACAAACCGGCGAGAGCGCCGCUUUGCCGCCCCGCCGUGGCUGCGCUCGCAGUGGCGCUGCUCUGCUUGAUUAACAUAUCCUGUGCGUCGUGCGCGCGCGAUCAUCUGCACAAGCAGACACAUCUGGAGGCGAAGGUUGGCUCGCAUGUGGUAUUCAAUUGCCCCAUUAACUUUCCGUACGACGUGCCCAUCGAGUACGUGGUCAUCUGGAGCAAAGAGAGUAAGAAGAUUUUCACUUGGUACGAGGGUGAGUCGAGCGCCAAUGAGCUCUUUAAUGGACGCUUAAAUCUAGUCACCAAUCAUCCGGAAUAUGGCAAAGCAUCUGUUAAUCUCACCGCCAUACGGGAGUCCGACCAGGGCUGGUAUCACUGCCAAAUCGUCUUCCCCAAUCGCACGCCAAGUGUGCGCAACAACGGCACACUAUUCCACCUAGCCGUGCAAGGUGGUUCGCUGAUAAAAAUACCGCCAGUGAAUCAAACGAUUAUGGAGGGUCAGACGGCAUUCUUCCAUUGUGUAAUGAAAUAUCCCGAUGCAUCGACCAUUGGCUGGUUCAAAGAUGGCACGCCACUCGAGGAUGUACAGGAUCUAAUACGACGCUGUCACACCGGACCCGAUGGCAGUCUCAGCAUCGAUCCGACGAUGAUGAGCGAUUUGGGCGAGUACGAGUGCCGUGUCAACAACACAGAGGGCGAAUUUCAAUUUGCCAAAGCAUUCCUCAACAUACAAUAUAAGGCCAAAGUGAUUUAUGCACCGCCGGAGGUUUACCUGCCAUUCGGACAGCCAGCGGUGCUCGAUUGUCAUUUUCGCGCCAAUCCGCCAUUGAAAAAUCUGCGCUGGGAAAAGGAUGGACUGCUCUUCGACUCGUACAACGUGCCGGGCGUUUUCUACAAAAGCAACGGCAGUCUGUACUUCUCCAAAGUGGACGAGAGCACGGCGGGCAGUUAUACGUGCACACCGUACAACGAUCUGGGCACGGGCGGACCGUCGCCCAUCAUUAGUGUAAUUGUGUUGCGACCGCCAAUAUUCACCAUAACACCGAAACCGAUUUACAUACAGAAGUUGGGCGAAACGGCCGAAUUGCCAUGCGAAGCCAUUGACCGAGACGGAAACAAUCGGCCGACAAUUGUCUGGAGCCGAAAAGAUGGCAGUCAAUUGCCCGACGAGCGUCACAGCGUCAACGCUGGCAAUUUAAUCAUUUCGAAUUUGGUCGAAACGGAUCGCGGUAUGUACGAGUGUUCGGCCACUAAUGAAGCUGCGACCAUAACUGCCGAAACGGAAUUGAUGAUCGAGAAUAUUGCACCGCGACCGCCCUACAAUUUGACGGCGAAUAGCACGGAAACUACGAUAACGGUACGCUGGCAACCAGGCUACCUGCGUCCCAAUCUGGAGUACACCGUGUGGUAUCGCCUCACCGAAUCACCAGAAUGGCGCACCAUGCGCAUAUUGCAGAAGAACAUUAUGGAGGCGACAAUACAGAACUUGCAACCGGGACAUGAAUACGAGAUCAUGGUACUCAGUCAGGACAAAUAUGGCGACGGCAUGUUCAGCAAAACGCUACGAUUUUCAACGCAGCAAUCGAGCACAGCAACGAACGAGGCCAACAUGCUGCUGCAAUCCAAUCCGCUGGCGAGCAGCAUUAGCGCACCCUAUAACCUCACCGCCACGAACAACGUACAAGGUUGGUUGGUGCAUUGGCAGGCGCCCAAACGCGGCGCCGAAUCGGUACGCCUCUACACGGUGCGCUGGUGGAAGGAGCCCGAACAUUUUCUCAUCGGCACCAUCGAAACCUUCGACAACUUCUAUCAGCUGCGCCAUCUCAAGGAGGACGCCGUCUUCCAGAUACAGGUGAUAGCCACAUCCAUCAACGGCGAGCAAGUGGCCAGCGAGGUGCUCACCAUUGAGGUGCCGUCACACCGCAAGACUCGCGCCUUGCUCAUCGGCAGCACAGUGGGCAUUGCGUUCCUGCUGUGCGCCCUGGUCGCGUUUUUGUACGUGAAGCGCAGUUGCCUGCGACAUUUGUUCGACAGCGGCGACAACGACGGCGAUGCCAAGGACAGCGAAAAGAUGAACAACACCUGAGUAUAUGAGAUCAGCUGGCAGUUCCCUAUGCAAGCGGUCGGCGAGAGCCGUUGAAGCGAGCGCGGUAGUUGUAGCAGCGAUGACGAACGAGCCAAAGCCACAGCCAUAGACACUUUCACCCUUCCAUGAACCAAAACAACAAGCCAUCAGGCGAGCAACAAGGCUUUAUUUAUUUUAUUUUCUCUUUUAAAUAAUAUCAAAUCAACUAAUUGUAAUUAAAGGAAACCUUAAACCUUAUAAAAUGUAAAAAUUAUGUGAAAUUAUGAACUCGAAUGUAAGACAUUAACCCCCAAAAAAAUUCAGCAAUAUUAUAUUCUAAUUUCUAAUGUAAAUGUAAAACUAACUACGGUAAAAAAGUUAAAAUAAAUUAUGGAAUAAAUAAAA